GAAAAGGAGAGAGAGAAAGAGAGAGAGAGAAGUAAGAGUAAGAGGCAUGGGGGGAGCCAGGUGAGAUCAGAGAGUGGAGAAUGAGGGAGAGGAAAGAUAAAGGAUUAGGUAAUAGUAGGUAAACAGAGAGAUAGGAGUCAGUGUGUUAGUGUCUGUACAGGUGAGUGGACUGAAUAGGAUUUCCCUUCAAGCUACAGGUGGAGAAAGCCUGAUACAGGACCUACACAACACUUAUCCUUAGCUGGAGUUACAGAGUGCUGGAGGAAGGUCUUGAACCUCAUGUGAAGAUCCAUGUGGUCACCCUAGCAGCUACACAGACUCACCCUCCGUCCUACCCCUCCUCUCUUCACAGACUACAGCCAUGGAGUGCCAGGUGGAGGAGCUGAGGCAGCAGCUGGAGAAACAGACCCUGAUCAACCAGGAGCUGCAGAACCACAACAAUGACCUGGAAAGAAGACUGCAGAAGACGGAGAAGUUUCUGCAGGAGCUACAGAGUCAUUACCAUGACCUGGAGUUCCCUGAUCAGAGGAUCAGUAAUGAAGGGGGACUUGUGGUCAGGAAGAGCAGAGCGGCUGUCAUGGCCCCUGAGCCAAUCCCAGAGGAUCAGCAGGAGAUCAUGAAGACUAAAGUCAAGAAGACCGUCAGUGAGACGAGUCUGAUUGUCAAGGCCAUCCAGAAGAAUGACUUCCUGAGUCGCCUUGAUGAUGAGCAGAUCACCAUGAUGGUGGAGCUCCUGGUGGCCAUCGACUUCAAACCAGGAAAUGAUGUAAUCAAGGAGGGCACUGAGGGAGACAGCAUGUACAUCGUAGCAGCGGGUGAGCUCCUUGUCAGUCAAGCAGAUCGUAACCUUCGAACCCUGACCUGUGGGGAUGUUUUUGGAGAGUUGGCUAUUCUGUAUAACUGCAAACGCACAGCCACAGUCAAAGCCAAGACAGUGGUGCGUCUGUGGUAUAUGGAGAGACAGAUGUAUAGAACCAUCAUGACCAACAAGUCCAAGAAGAAACGUGAACAGCUAAUGGGCUUCCUAAAAACGUCUCAGACUCUGAAGGCCCUAAAUGACAGUCAGCUCUCUAAGAUAAUUGACUCCAUGGAGGAGGUGAAGUACCAGAACAAUGAUGUCAUUGUACGUGAGGGGGCGGAGGGCAACACGUUCUACAUCAUUCUCAAAGGAGAGGUCAAGGUGACUAAGAAGUUGAAUGGGCAGGAGAAACAGAUUCGCAAGAUGGGCAAAGGGGAGCAUUUUGGGGAAUUGGCCCUGAUACGUGAAAUCCUGAGGACUGCAACAUGUACUGCUGUUGGCCCUGUGACCUGCUUCUCCAUCGAUAAGGAGGUGUUUGAGGAGACGAUCCCCAUUGAACACCUGGAGCUCCAUGAUGACAUCAGCUCUAAGGUUUUGGAGGAGCCAGAUGCUCCAGAGAAGACCAGUCCUAGUUCCUAUCUGAGACUGAAGGACCUGAUCCCUGUACUGUACCAGGAGGGGCGUUACCAGGGAGAACCUGUCACUCUCGGAGUGGGAGGGUUUGGUCGCGUUGAACUGGUGACCACUCUGCAUCAUGGAAAGUACUUUGCCAUGAAGCGGGUCAGUAAGAAACACAUUGUUGCCAAGCGACAGGAGGAGCACGUCCUGUUUGAGAAGAGGAUCCUCAAAGCCAUCAAGAGUGACUUCAUUGUCAGGCUCCAUGCUGCCUUCAAAGACACUCGCUACAUCUACAUGAUUAUGGAGUUCUGUGUAGGAGGGGAGAUCUGGACCAAGCUCAAAGAAGUUGGACGUUUUGAUGAGCCCAUUGCUGUUUUCUGCACUGCCUGUGUAGUGGAGGCCUACGCUUACCUCCAUAAGAAGGGCAUCAUGUACAGAGACCUCAAGCCUGAGAAUCUGAUGCUGGAUGCCAAGGGCUACGUUAAACUGGUGGACUUUGGCUUUGCUAAGGAGUUAGUGCACGGUGAUAGGACCUACUCAUUCUGUGGUACUCCUGAAUACAUGGCCCCAGAAAUCAUCCAGAACCAGGGACACGACUUCGCUGCUGACUUCUGGUCCCUGGGUAUCCUGGUCUAUGAGCUGCUGGUGGGGAGCCCUCCAUUCUCCAGUUCUGAGCCUGCAAAGAUCUACCCUAAAAUUUUGGAUGGGGUGCUCAAGUUCCCCCCUUACAUGGGCGAGGGGGCCAAGUCCCUCAUCAGUAAACUGUGUAGGCCUCGGCCGGGUCAGAGGCUGGGAAACACCAAGAAUGGGAUUAAAGAUGUACGCCAUCACAGGUGGUUCAGCAGUAUGAACUGGCACAAGCUGCGUGUGGGCCAGGUGGAGGCUCCUACAAUCAGACUCAUACGCAAGGGUCCGUGCUACAUCAACUUUGAUCGCUUCCCCUUCGACCAGGCUCUGGCUGAUGAGGAGUUCUCCGGCUGGGACAAAAACCUCUGACUUGAACCAGAACCUGAACCAGACCAAGUGAGUCAGAGGUCACGGGUUCACUGAUAUAUUUAUCCAGAUCAGACUACUUCUUGGUGACCUUGGUUUACCCCUUACCUUUAAGACUCUGAAAGCAAUGUAGGGGUAGGGAUGAGACUAUGCCCAAAGCCAUUAAUACACAUGGUCAGAUUCUGACUACUUUUUACUAAGGCUCUGAUUUCUCCAUGCUGGCUUCACAGAAUCCUCUGGUGGCUGCUCUGGCACUUUAAUAAAGUAAGAAAUACUGUACAACACAGAGAGGCAUGAAGGAAACGUGUGAAUAUGAACAGACUCUCCUACACACACACCUGUGUAACUUGACACGUGUGCUCAUUGAAAGCUGUAUGUGUGUGUUGUGCCCAAAAUAAAGAUUAAUUAAUAAAAAAUGUUGGAUGCAAUGUCUCAUGCUGGACAAAGAUAUGGUUUUACCAUUGACCCUUAUUGUAUUUUGUAAUUUAGGAUGGCAUUAUUGUUAGUCUCUAUUCCUUGUAACAUAUACUGUCUGUAUAGAAUACUCAAUGUAUGUGUUUCACUUUACAAUAAAUGUAUACGUCACCAA